UCAGAAGCGGCGUUUACCUUGACAACAGCAUCAAUCAAGAUAUCAAUGGCGGAUAUAGUAAGCACUUUACCAGAUGCCAUUCUCUGUCACAUUCUUUCUUUUCUGGAAACCAAACAAUCUGUUGCCACUACAAUUCUUUCCAAGAGAUGGAAGUAUCUAUGGCGAUCAGUUCCCGUUCUGGACUUAGGCCGCAGCGCAGUGACAGAUCAAAACGCCUAUAUCCGCUUUAUCCAUUUCGUAUACUCCGUUUUGCUCUUCAGAGAUCCCGCACUUCCCAUUCAAAAAUUCAAACUUAUUUUUGGUUACCAUAUUCAUCAAAUUGUCCGUCCUUACUAUCCGAUGGACACUAUCACUAAAUGGGUUGAUUUUGUUGUACAACGGCGUGUUGAGUACAUUGAUCUCCAUGUUGAUCUCCAUGUGGGAACAGAGUAUUUGCCCAAAUUGCCUAUCAGUAUUCUCACCUGCAAUACACUUGUGGUUCUCAAGCUUGUUUGUUUCAAUGUGGUAGAGCUUUUUUCUCCUGUUGCUCUUCCAUCUCUUAAAACCCUACAUUUGGAUAAUAUUAUGUUUCCUGAACUUCGAGAUUUUAUGCUGUUUUUAGUUGGAUGUCCAAUUCUUGAGGAUUUAUCCACAUUUGAUGUGGCAUUUGAUUCUGAGGAAUCUCUUACCUGUGACGAGUGGAAGAGUUUUUGCUUAACUAACUUGACCACAGCUGAUAUUGAUUGCUAUUGCAAUCAUUUUCCGCUGAAAGCAGUUCACAAUGUAUCUUCUCUCCGCUUACAAAUUGACCAGGAGAAUUGCCGUAAUGAUUUCAUUCAUACUUUUCAUAACUUGACCAAACUGGACUUGUUUUGCUCUUCUCUCCAUUAUAACUGGAAAAUGGUAAUAGAAGUUCUCAAGCAUUGCCCUAAGCUUCAAAAGCUUCACCUUAAUGAGGUUGAGCUAGAAGAAGGAUUAUGGACUAGAAACGAUGACAAUGAAAAUUGGGUGGAUCCAGAUUUUGUUCCCCAAUGCCUUUCAUUACACCUUAGAACUUGCUAUAUAUCGAGUUUCUUUGGCCUACAUGGUACUGAGCUUAUGCUAGCAAAGUAUAUUUUGAAGAAUGCAAAAGUUUUACAAACCAUGAACAUCUGGAACAGUGGACAACCCGAAAUAAAACAACAAUUAUCCUCAAGCCCAGUGGCCUCUGCAACAUGUAAACUUACGGUUUAUUACGUUCCAUAGGAAUAAUGGAAUACCGCUGCAAGAAGACGUAUCAACGGAUAAAUGUGAGGAAGGGUAUGUCGUGGUGGUGUUUGCUACAAAUUUUUGUACUGGUAUUAUGCAGCAGGAGUAUGGAAGGAAACCUUUGAUUUUAGUUUGUAGAGCGGAUGGUUUUGGACAUGGUAGCUAUAUUAUAUGCACUUGAUGAAAUGUCUUGAUAAUUACUUAUAACCUGUAAGCUACUAAUGUUUUGAAAGUAUGUAUGAAGUGUGGAGGUGGCGGAACUGAACUCCAUAACUAUCAGGUAGCAUGCUUCAAGUCAUUUAUCUUUGUAUGUAGAAUGAUUUGUUUUUUAGUUGUUGAUGUUAAAGUGAUACUGCACUUAUUUUGUAGUUUAAUUCAUGUAAACCUAGCAAAUUUCAUUGGUUAUUUUGUCUUUUGAUAUAUGAAAUAGAUAGAUAGAUAUGCUAUGGUUUAGACGCUUGAAAUAUAGCGA